GUGUCACACGCGCCACUUGUACACGGAGGUGCGCGUGAACGACGAAGCGACGAUUUCGUCAAAACUCACGACUUAUAGAAGCAUUCAGGCCAUCAAGACCCGCUGCAUCAUGGCAGAUGAUCUGGACAUUGAGGCGAUGCUGGAGGCGCCGUUCCGAAAGACUUGCCUAACGAUUUCUCACCUCUACUCCCCUGAAUGCCACUGUGAACUGUCAGAAACUUGAAGGGCCCUCAGGAGACCCAGACACACCGCUGAAGACGGCCCCCCCCACUGCCGGAGCUCCAAGCUGGGCCGAAGCCUAAACUCUAGCCUGGGGGACCGACUCGGGGCCUUAGACACUAGACAUGACCAGACUAUGACAGCCCCCAUCCCCCCUGACUUUAAGAGACCAGACCUCUAAAAGAACAAUGUUGACUACAGUUGAUUAAAUUAUGUCUAUAUUCUCUUCCCCCACCCUGACAACGUUGCGUCGGUUCGCCCUCAUCCUGUUCUCUCGACCUGCAGGAAGAGCCCAAGAACAUCAUCUCCCCGAGACAUGAAGAACACAGCAAGAAGUAAGCCUUUGACCUGUCUCUCUGCCCCCGUCUCUCUCCUCUCUCUCUGCUGCGCCCCAUUGUUGCGUUCUCUCUGUUCCUCUCUGUUGCGGUCUCUCUGUUCCCAUCUCUAUGUUCCAUCUGCAUAAAUAGUUUUUCUUGAUGUUGGUGUAAUCGAAUACACCAUAUCAGUAGUGCUAUACAUUUCACUUUCAGGACGGCCACUGAGUGUCUGCAAACAAACCUUCCAGAAAUGGCAAAGGCUUUAUUUAGGACUAAAACAUAUAUCCAGUUUCAUACCUUUGCAAAAAUACUUAUCAAAAUAUGUGCAUGCUACUGAACAUUACAGGCUUACUCUGUAUGAGUUUUUCAAAGACUUAAUAAACCUGAAUGAAAAUAAGUGUUCAUCUGCAUCUUCAGCUGAAUUCCAAUACAAUUUUAAUACACGGUCAGCGCCAUCUUGUGAUUGGUUCGCUCCUUCCGCAUGAACGCAUCUUUUGUCUUGACGGACAAAAUCUUUUAUGUACCACUCUGGGCGAUGUGACUGCUUUCCUUCACGACGCAGCCGUACAGGCAGGGGUUUGGAGAUGUGACUAGGUCUUGAGCAGGCAAAGUGCCGUUGCAGAUUUCCCUGGAACGUCGAUCUCUGUUCCCAAUCUCUCAUGACCGAUGACCCCAUGCAGGAAGAAGCGCAGUCGGAGUCGGGACAAGAAGAGGAGCAAGAGCCGCGAGAGGAAGAAGAGCCAUGACAGAAAACGCCGCCGCAGCCGCGAACACAAGCGCAGUCGGUCCAGGAGCCGCGAGCGCAGCGGCCGCUACCGCGACCACCACAAGGCCAGCGUGCGAAAGAGGUCCAAGAGUAAGAGUCCCGUGAAGAAGGAGCGGUCGAGUCCAGUCAGGCAGCCCAUAGACAACCUGACCCCAGAGGAGCGGGACUCCAGGACCGUGUUUUGUAUGCAGCUGGCUGCCAGGAUACGACCCCGCGACCUGGAAGAGUUCUUCUCUGCUGUGGGCAAGGUACGAGAUGUGCGGAUGAUCUCUGACAGGAACUCCCGCAGGUCAAAGGGCAUCGCCUACAUAGAGUUCGUGGAGGCCAACUCCGUUCCUCUGGCCAUCGGCCUCUCCGGUCAAAGACUGCUGGGAGUUCCCAUCAUAGUGCAGGCCUCCCAGGCGGAGAAGAACCGGGCGGCGGCGCUCGCCAACAACCUGCAGAAGGGCAACGCGGGCCCCAUGAGGCUCUACGUCGGCUCGCUGCACUUCAACAUCACCGAGGAGAUGCUGCGCGGCAUCUUUGAGCCUUUUGGACGGAUUGAGAGCAUUCAGCUGAUGAUGGACAGUGAAACAGCGCGCUCGAAAGGCUAUGGCUUCAUUACGUUUGCAGACGCAGAGUGCGCUAAGAAGGCGCUGGAGCAGCUGAACGGGUUCGAGCUGGCCGGGAGGCCCAUGAAGGUGGGUCACGUGACGGAGAGGAGCGACUCCUCCAGCGCCUCGUCCUUCCUGGACUCUGACGAGCUGGAGCGCACCGGCAUCGACCUCGGGACCACGGGACGCCUGCAGCUCAUGGCCCGACUGGCCGAAGGUACCGGUAUGCAGAUCCCUCCCGCUGCUCAGCAGGCUCUACAGAUGAGUGGUGCCAUCGCUAUCGGGGCCAUGGCUGCUGUCUCAGCGGCCAUGAAUCCAGGGAUGAACCACGGGAUGAACCAACAGAUGAACCACGGCAUGAACCAACAGAUGAACCACGGCAUGAACCAACAGAUGAACCACGGGAUGAAUCAAAGCAUGAACCACGCGAUGAACAUGAACGCCGCCACGAUGAACCUGCCCUCCCAGCCGCUGGCCACACAUUGCUUCCAGCUGUCCAACAUGUUCAACGGCAACACUGAGGAGGCUCCUGGGUGGGACAUGGACAUCCAGCAUGAUGUCAUCGAGGAAUGUAACAAACAUGGAGGAGUCAUCCACAUCUACGUCGAUAAAAACUCUCCUGAGGGAAAUGUCUACGUCAAAUGUCCCACCAUUCCUUCUGCCAUGGCUGCUGUCAACGCUCUUCAUGGGAGAUACUUCGCAGGGAAGAUGAUCACGGCGGCCUACGUUCCUCUGCCAACCUAUCACAACCUGUUCCCUGACUCGGUCACCGCCAACCAGCUACUAAUCCCCCCUCCACGCCGGUGAUUCAGCUGCCAAUCAUCCCACCUCUAUCGACUGAUUGGACACUGGAGCGUUAUAUCCCGGUUUUUGUUCUCUUAUUGGUUUAGGUGUUGAUGGACGCUCCCUGGAUGGUUUCUGGUUGAAUUUACUGAAUCCUUUGUCCUCUAUUUUUAUAAUGUCAACGAGCCAAUAGCUGGAGCAGAUGCUAGCCGGGGAGGGGCGGGAUCCCAUGUUAGGGGCAGGGUUAAACGCAAGGGGGCUUUGCUUCUCCGUGACCAGGCUCCAGGAUUGGACGCUGUCUCAUGGAAUAGUUUGUGAUUGGUUGAAGCCAUUUGGUAUUUACAGUUUUUUAAUCAAGAUUUGAUUUUGUAAAGUUCUUGAUUCAAUUUUAUUUUAAAUUUUGUCUGUGUUAUAAUAAAAGAUAAAACAAC